AUGCAUGCAAGCUUUGUUACUACUACAGCCACCUCCAGGCUGGGAGGGAACGAGACGGACCGACUUGCAUUGUUAGCAUUCAAGGCUAAAAUAACCAACGACCCUCUCCAGGUAAUGAGUUUGUGGAAUGGUUCAAUUCACUUCUGCCACUGGCACGGUGUUACAUGUGGUCGCCGACACAGAAGGGUCACCAUCUUAGACCUAGAGUCACAGAAAUUGUUUGGAUCCAUAUCGCCGCACAUUGGGAAUCUCAGUUUUCUGAGAGUACUAAAUCUCCCGAACAAUAGCUUCGAAAAAGAAAUCCCUCCCCAACUUGGCCGUCUACGCAGAUUGCAACUUUUAGGGCUACACAAUAACUCAAUAAGUGGCAACAUUCCCGCCAAUUUAUCUGCUUGCUCUAACCUCGUUGGUUUCAUUCUUAAUUAUAACAAACUCGUAGGGCCGAUUCCGACCGAGCUUGGCUACUUGUCAAAGCUCAAGUUUAUUUAUAUGAACUUUAACAAUCUAAUCGGAAACAUUCCUCGUUCUUUUAUGAACUUGUCGUCUCUCGAGGAACUCUAUGCGUUCGGGAAUAAUUUUAGUGGCGGUGUUCCUGAUGCUCUUGGCCAACUAACAAACCUAACAGCCAUUUCACUAGGUGCCAAUAUGUUAUCUGGUAACAUCCCUCCCUCAAUUUUCAAUCUCUCUUCUCUCACAGCUCUUGACAUCAGCUACAAUAACCAAAUCACCGGAAGCCUUCCUCGGGACAUAGGAAUCACUCUUCCUAAGCUGCAGAUCCUCAGCCUCGGGAGCAACAAUUUUACCGGAUCCAUUCCUAUUUCGAUAUCCAAUUUAUCGGAACUGGAAAUUUUUCAAGUCAAUGAAAACAAUCUCGUAGGAAAAGUGCCUACGAUGGAAGGGCUACGUAAGAUUAAGUAUGUAAAUAUUAUUGCCAAUCAUCUAGGAAGUGGGGGAGUUGAUGAUGACUUGAGAUUUUUGUACUCUUUGAGUAAUGCCACCAAUUUAAUUGUGUUAGCAGCGGACAGUAAUAACUUUGGAGGAAUGCUUUCCCAAUCUGUUGGCAACUUCUCAAAAAAGCUUAAUAUCUUUGGUGUAGCUUAUAAUUCUAUAUCUGGAAGCAUCCCUGUAGGGUUUGAGAAUCUCAUCAACUUGGGUUGGUUAAAUAUGUGGGGCAACCAGUUCACGGGUAAUAUUCCAAUUGAGAUCGGAAAGCUUCAGAAACUGAGUAUAUUGAAUUUAGAUUCAAACAAUUUAUCGGGAAACAUUCCAUCCUCACUAGGAAAUUUGAGUGUUUUAACUCAAUUGCUUUUGGGAUACAAUGAACUUCAGGGAAGCAUCCCCUUAAGUAUUGUAAACUGCCAACAUUUGUUAGUUAUGGCCCUCUCAAAUAACAAUCUCAGUGGUACCAUACCCCCACAAGUUUUCACUCUCUCUUCAUUAUCAAUCAUUCUUGAUCUGUCUCGAAACCAUUUCACUGGUUCUCUUCCCAUAGAAGUCGGAAACUUGAAAAAUCUAGGAGAAUUGGAUGUCAGUGAUAACUUGUUGUCUGGUGAAAUUCCGAGCAGUAUUGGAAGUUGUGUAAGGUUGGAGAAUUUGUUCAUGGAGGGUAACUCCUUUCAUGGGAGCAUCCCAUCAUCUCUCAGCUCUCUUAGAGGUAUUCAAGUUCUCGAUGUUUCACAUAACAAUUUGUCAGGCACAAUUCCGGAGUUUUUUGAGGGCUUUCGACUCUUGCAGAAGUUGAAUCUAUCUUAUAAUGAUUUCGAGGGAGUGGUGCCAAUAAAUGGUGUUUUUGCAAAUGCAACUGCAACUUCAGUCUUGGGAAACAACAAGCUCUGUGGAGGUAUACCUAAGUUACAUCUCCCUAGAUGUAACUUUAGAGAGCCCACAAAGAAGGGAUCAACUCAUGCCCUAAUAUUAGUAAUCCCAAUAGUUUUGGGGAUUCUAGGGCUAAUAUUGGUGUUGUGUUUUCUAGUUUUUUGUUGGUUUAAAAGGAAUAAAGAAAGAACUUCUUUAUUCAAUUCAGGAAGAUUGGUUCUGGAAGUAUCCUACCAAAGUCUAUUUAGAGCUACCAAUGGGUUCAGUGAAUCUAAUUUGAUAGGGGCGGGAAGUUUUGGUUCUGUAUACGAAGGAAUUCUUGAUGAGUAUGGAAAAAAGAUUGCUGUGAAGGUGUUUAACCUUUUGCACCAAGGAGCUUCCAGGAGUUUCAUCGCGGAGUGUGAGGCUUUGAGGAACAUCAGGCAUCGAAAUCUUGUCAAGGUACUCAGUGCAUGUUCGAGCAUUGAUUACCAAAAUAAUGAUUUCAAGGCUCUUGUUUAUGAGUUCAUGGUGAAUGGGAGUCUGGAUGAGUGGUUGCAUCGAGUUCCAGGAGAAUAUGAGGAGCAGGAUGAACCAAACGAGUUAAGUCUUCUUCAGAGAUUAAAUAUUGCCAUCGACAUUGCUUGUGCACUGGAUUAUCUCCACCAUCAUUGUCAAACUCCGAUAGUUCACUGCGAUUUGAAGCCAAGCAAUGUUCUUUUGGACGACGACAUGACUGCACAUGUAGGUGACUUUGGCUUAGCAAGAUUUCUUCUUGAAGUUGACAAUAAACACAGUGGAAAUCAAACCAGUUCUAUUGGAAUCAAAGGAUCUAUUGGCUACAUGCCACCAGAGUAUGGUAUGGGAAGUGAGUUAUCAACAUCUGGCGAUGUGUACAGUUAUGGCAUCCUCUUGUUGGAGAUGUUUACACGAAAACGGCCAACUGAUGAAAUGUUUAGUGAUGGUAUGAAUCUUCAUAACUAUGCUGAGAUGGCUUGGCCAGAUCGAGUAGCUGAAAUUAUAGAUCCAGUAGUUCUCCUACAAGGAGAGGACGGGGAGACAAGCACAAGCAUCAUAAAUACUCGCCAUCAAAGCCAUUUUAGCAGUUACAAGAUUCAGGAUUGCUUGACUUCGCUAUUUAGAAUUGGAAUUGCAUGUUCUGCAGAAUCUCCACCUGAAAGAUUGGAUAUCGGUGUCGUUGUAACUAAGUUGCAUGUCAUCAGGGACAAUCUUCUUAAAACAGAUGGAGGAAAACGAAUAACAAUUGCUGUUUAA